UCUCACCGCCGGCCAUUUUGCGAUCAAGCGUUACCUUUCGGUGCGGUGUGACAUAGGUAUAUUGACUACUGUUUUAGCUGUAAAUUAUUAAUUCUCUGUUUUAAGUGUACGUUCACUUGUAUUUCUAAUGUUGGUGAUUAUUGAAAAGGUUUAGUUUUAAGGUGUUUUAUUUUUAAAUAACCGCCAACAUGUCAAGAUAUGGUGAUUGUAAAAUUUAUGUUGGUGAUUUGGGAAACAACGCAAGUAAACCAGAACUCGAAGACGCUUUUUCUUAUUAUGGCCCGUUAAGAAAUGUUUGGGUAGCUAGAAAUCCGCCCGGCUUCGCGUUUGUUGAAUUUGAAGAUCCGCGAGAUGCAGAAGAUGCUGUUCGUGGCUUAGAUGGGCGAACUAUUUGCGGACGCCGUGCGCGCGUUGAAAUGUCUAAUGGCGGCCGUGGCUACGGCGGACGGGGGCCUCCUCCGCGUUCUAGAGUUCCUCCUCGACCAUAUGAUGACCGUUGUUAUGAUUGUGGCGAUCGUGGACAUUUUGCACGAGAUUGCAGCCGCCGCCGUAGACGCAGCCGCUCGAGGUCCCGUCGCCGCACACGUUCACGUUCACCGAGGUCUGGGUCCCGUUCCCGCAGCCGCUCUCGUUCCCGUUCUCGCUCCCGCUCCAAGGGAAGGUCCAUGUCAAGAUCGCGGUCUCGGUCACCAUCUAAAGAUUCCAAAAAAUCGAUUUAAUUUCAUAAAACAGUCACUACAAAGAAUAAUAAUAAGACAUCAUUUUUUUUAAUAUUGUUUUUGUGGACAAUGCAAAAUACAUCAUUCCCUGUAUUAGAUUCAAGAUAAAGUACUCAUUAAAUUUUCAUUUUAUAAAA